GGCCGGGAGCUGCCGCUUCUCCUGCCUCGUUCGACCGACGCUCGGGCCGACCCUCGGCACCCGUGUGGGGCUGGGCUGCCUCCUCGGGUGGCCGGACGGCGCCCGGAGGGCCAGCAUGGACAGCCCCGAGGUGACCUUCACUCUGGCGUACAUUGUGUUCUCCUUCUGCUUCGUUUUCACGCCCAAUGAAUUCCACUCUGCGGGGCUGACCGUACAGAACCUGCUGUCCGGCUGGCUGGGCACCGAGGACGUGGCCUUCGUCCAGUACCACCUGCGCAGGACCACGGUCACCAUGCUGAUCCACUCGCUGCUGCCCCUGGGGUACUACCUGGGCAUGUGCUUUGCAGCAUCUGAAAAGCAACUGUAUUAUUUCAGCCAGGCCCCAGAAGGCUGGAAGCUGUUCCUUCUACUUUCAGUGUCCUUCCCCACAGUCACUUGCACCAUUGCUUACUACUGGUCCCGGAACAGGUGGGAUCACCACCCCCUGGCCAGGACUCUGGCGCUCUAUGCCCUCCCUCACUCAAGGUGGCGAGCAGUGGCAUCCUCCAUCAACAUAGAAUUCCUCCGCAUUGACAAGUUUGCCACGGGGGCUCCAGGCGCCCGGGUGAUUGUGACAGACACCUGGGUGAUGAAAGUGACCACCUAUUACAUCCACGUGGCUCAGCAGCAGGAUAUCUACCUGACGGUGACAGAGUCCCGUCAGCAUGAGCUCUCACCAGACUCCAAUCUGCCUGUCCAGUUUCUCACCAUCCGAGUGACCAGCGUCCAUCCUCUCGUCAAAGGCUUUGACAUUCGGUUGAAUUCUACAGAAUAUGGUGAGCUGCUUGAGAAACUCCAUGCCCCCAUCCGUAAUGCCGCCAACGUUGUCAUCCACCAGAGCCUUGGCGACUUGUUUCUGGAAACAUUUACGUCCUUGGUAGAAAUUAACCCACCUUACUCCAUGCCCAGCAACCAGGAGCUGGAGCCCUGCAUUGGCUGCAUGCAGAUAAGCGCCAACAUCAAGCUGGUGAAGAACUGCCGGGAGUCGGAUGAGGGCGAGUGCCAGCAGUGUUACUGCCGCCCCAUGUGGUGUCUGACAUGCAUGGGCAAGUGGUUCGCCAGCCGCCAGGACCAGCAGCAUCCGGAGACCUGGCUCUCCAGCCAAGUGCCUUGCCCCACCUGCAGGGCCAAGUUCUGCAUCCUGGACGUGUGCGUCAUCCACUGACCGCCCUUUCUGGGGCAGGGCUGUGCUCGCAGCCGAGGCCCAGGCCCAUCUCGGCAUCGCCAUCCCCCUUCUGUGUGGGAAGCUCAGCAAGCCCAGCAUUUCCCCUCACACUCCUGGGGCCACCCCCCGGAGGCCUCCCGCUUCACCUUGCUCCCAGAGCCAGGGCAAGGAUUUAACUUCCAGACUUAGGAGGGAAGAUGUGACACCUCCACCCCACCCCUGCCCUCACCCUCUCCACACUUCAUCCAUAGUGCAGGAUUCCAGGGCGAUUGCCCAUCAUCCUCUGGGUGACUAGACUAGCAAAGGGCUACUUUUCCUUUUUUAAAGUCACAAGUCAGACAUCGUCUCAGACAGGGACUGACCUUUCUCUUACUGAAGCUGUUUUUCAAAGUUAAUUUCCUAUGUUUUUUUCACAAGUAAAUACAGUUUUCCAGGACUUCCUCACCCACAUUUCAGGCCUGUAGCCUGCCCACUCAGAUGUACCGGACAGGCCUGGUUUCUAGGCCUGUGUUUAUCAAGUUGGGAAGUGUAAUUUUAGUUUGUUUUAUUUGAUCUCACUCUGUCCUACCCCAGCCCCUACACCUCCCUUCGUCUUGCCUCUCUCUUCCUAUCUCCCAUUCUUGUAUUCCCUCCCACCCAUCUGUUUUAUGUGAGAUAAUCCACCAUAGGUCACAGGAAAGCAGGCUAAGUCCUGCGGUAGCAAAAUACAAUGUCCAAAGCUUCAGUAACCAUGGUUCUAAACCCAACCAUUUCCUCCACACCACCCCCAACUACAGCCCUGUAGCUCCGUCCUUUGGCUUGGCCACAGUGUUUAAAGUUGCUUCAGAGUACAAUUGUUAGGGACAAAAGCAAACACCUUAAUUAUCUAUAAUACAAAAGUCUGUACCAUAAAGGUAUUCUAUUGUAUUUUUUCCUUUCAGGUAUUUUAAAGGACAAGACUAGAUUCACUUAAGUAAGAUACAGAAGCCUACAACUUUGGGACGAAAGCAAUUAGUUUCAUUGUCUAAAUGCAAAAAAAGUUCUUUCCUCCUUUGCAGGGGAUGCAGUAUUUUAGCCAUAUUGGAUACAUCUGAUUGUUAGGCCUCUUUCCUAGCAUUCGCCUUGUUGGGCAAUUGAAGAGACUCCCUUAGUAUAAAGGGUAUGAACUCUCUCAUUCCAAUAAAGAGGAGGAAUCAUGUGGCUUU